AUGCGGUAUCCAGUAGUGGAAUAUAUGGCUUUAGCUCAAGUAUUAAUAUGUUCUCGAUGUAUGUAUAUUGGUCAUUUUCAGAAAAAUUGUCCACAGAAAGAUGAAGUAACUUGUAAGAUAUGUGGUGCAAUAUGUGCUGAUUUAAAAAAGCACGAUUGCCACGGUAUUGCUAAAUGUAUUCGAUGUGGUGGAGAUCACAAGUCUAGUGACACUAAAUGCCCAAAAGUUAAAGAUUAUCGAGCCGCUUUAACUCGUACUCUUGUAGCAACAAGAAAUAAUGCUUAA